GAUUGGUGAAGCGAUAGGAAAAUCGAUUGGGAAGAAAGAAGUACCAUCCAUAUCUGUUGGAUUUCCAGCUAGUAGCGGCCAUAUCAUCUCAGAGUCCAGUGGCGAUCCAAAUCGGCCACAUAAUGCUGAGAUGGACGGGAAAAUAGCAAGAACUCUCGAAAAGCAUUCAGAUCUAGACUGGUCUAUUGCAUUCUCACCGGAUGAAACGCAUAUCAUCGUGCUUUCAUCCAGUGAACCAGAAAGAGUAUGGGAAGAUGGGAAGCUAGUUGCUUCAGCAUAUUAUUCGUCGAAGAUACGGAUAUGGGACUCAAAGACAGGCCAACUCGUGAAGGAACUAGAGACACAUAUGGCCUUAUCACAGUCCCUUGCAUUCUCAGCGGAUGGGAGGCACUUCGUUUCAGGACAUGGCGACGGUGCGAUCCUUAUCUGGGACCUAGAGACAAGGAAAUCUAUGGAAGUGUCGAUAGUUUAUCCUGAAUUCUAUGUUUGUUCUGUCGUAUUUUCAUCAGAUGGCAAGCUCGUCGCCUCAGGGACUCACCAUGAUACAAUUUGGGUCUGGGACACUGAGACACUGAAGGCCAUAGGAGGACCAUAUGAAGGACAUGCCCCAGUCUUGUCUCUCGCAUUUUCACCAGACUCCAAGCGGAUUGUGUCGGGUCAUGAUUGGGGACCAAUCCGGGUGUGGGAUGUUGAAACAGGCAACUCUGUGCUGGGGCCGUUGGGAGACGACAAGAUAUGGCGCGUCCUAUCUGUCUCAUUCUCAUCAGAUGGAGAUGUCAUAUCAAGUCAGUUCAUAGGGCACACACGCGAAAUUCUGUCUGUGAAAUUCUCAUCGGACGGAAAGUGUGUCUUCUCCGCCUCAGCGGAUAAGACGAUCAGGGUAUGGAGUUUGGACACUCAGUGGAGACGGACCACAAUGUGGGGUCUCGUAGAUUAUGGAACGGCUGGACGAGAGAGUGGUCGCAGGUGGGCCGAAUCGAGCCUCAAGGCAAGCUUCCAUCAAUUGUGGCCGAAUAAUGCGAUUGGCCCUUGUAAACCCCAUUCAAUCGCCAUUCCGUUCGCGAGGCUGGGAUGUCGAAUGCCCAGAAAUGCAUUACCGUCGCCCUCCCCUACACCUCGUUCUUCGGACGUUACAAAACACCUCAUGGAUUUCUUUGGAUUCAUCUUCUCAUCAGCCGUUUCUCAAGAUGAUCACGUUCCGAAGAACGAGGAAGGAGGCCCUAACCCUUCCGACCCCUUUCAAUCCAUG